AUGCCAAAACCUGAAGAAAUCAAUCGAAGGCAAUACUGUAAAUGGAAUAAUGUUUGGUCUCAUCCCAUUGUUAACUGUGUGAAAUUCAAAGACAUUGUCCAGGAGGCAAUUAAUAAAGGAAUAUUCAUCAUUGGGGAGAAGGCACCGGCUAUGUUGAAUGAUCAGAAUCCUUUUCCACCACUACAAGUUAACAUGGUGAAUCUGAAUUGCCCAAAUCAUACCAAAAGAAGAAUAACUGUGGAAACAAAUGCUGAAGAUUCACUAAAGCCAAUGAAACUCAUACGGCCUAAAGCUUCAAUUUCGCUUGGAGUGGUUUUAUGCUGUAAAUGUAAAUGUGAAUGUGACCUAGAAAUUGAAGCACAUGGUCAAAAGAUGGAUCAAGUGCUCAAAAGACAUCCAGUGUUUUUGAUGGACUCAAUUCUGAUAAAAUUGAUGGGUUUGGCCAUCGAUGAUUAUCACCCAAAAGAGAAAUUUCCAAGCCAUUUGCCAAGAUAUUGCGUCCAAAAUCAUUACAGCCUGAAAUUAAAGUCAGUUCUGAUUCAUUGA